UUUACGAAUCUAUUGUUGUACUUCGGACAUGAUGAAGCAUUUCAAGCAAAUGUUUAGUUUUCACCGUUGUAAAAUUCAUCCAUCCAUAUAUAAUGCCGAGGGCUAGGAUGACCAGUUUAAAGGCCAGACUUGAUAACACGAACAGCCAUUUCACCCUUGUACACUGUAAGGAGUUCAUGGAUGACUGUGAGUAAGUUGAAGAUGCAGAUGCUGGCUUAUGAUCUACACUCGAUGACCUGCCGGUCAAUUACAAAAAGAGAAAAGCACAAUGUUUAGCAUCUCCAAAAAAAGAACUGUAUUGACAUGAAAAAAGCAUGGCUGCUGGAACUAAGGAAACUGAAAUCAGAAAUAACGACAGCACCAUGGUAAACAAACAGCUUAUCCGAGGUCAAUGUGUUCGAGGAAAGCAGAGGCAAUGGCAGAAAGACGCAGCAGAUGACUGUACGAGAUCCAAUAUGUACACUAAGCUACAGUUAGUGCAGGGUGAACAUUUAUAUGAAACAUUAAGGGGGGAUAACCAGCCGGAGUUCCACAUUUACGACUCUAUGAAAGUGCACGAUGGUCAAAGAAUUUAUUGUAGAUAUCAUGGCGAGCAAAAGGCCCUGGGGAAUAGUUGUUUAAAGAGUAAUAAGUACCAGGAACACAGUGUACCUGUAGAAUCCUCUACUGGAUCAUACCUAGGGAGAAGAGCUGUCGAUAUUGAUACUGCUGAACAGUAUUCGGACACUGACGAUUACGAGACGAUUCAACCUGUAGAAGCACCGACCACUCAACAAUUAACAGUUUCAACUCGGAAAUGCAUGUCUGAUAAGCAAAAUACAGAUGUGUAUGAAUUAAUUUGGGAAGAUGACAAUAGCAUAAUUUCGCCACACCCGCCUAAAACAAUGUCUUCCCACUCGCCUUCUACCCUCUUGAAGGCAGAUGUAUGCAAAACGUUCAAUAGUGUGGUCUGCUCCUCGGUACAUUGUCCAGUGUGUGUCCCUUACUGUCCACUGGCUGGACCAGAAUCCUGUACAUCCUGUGGACAAAAAAUAAUUGUUCAAGAUGAUGACAGUGACUAUGUUGAGAUUGAGUUUGAAACUGAAAAUGUGGCUUGUAACGAAGAUCGCGUAUCCUCGUCUGACCAAUACGGGUCUGAUGUUGAAAGGUUACAGCAGUGUAGCUUGCUAUCCCGCGAUUCCUUCUGUCGCAAAGCGUUUAAACGAAAAUGAAACGUGCAUUAAUCGUAUCAAUAUCAACACUUCUCAAACAGUCGUAAGAGAGAUAUUGUAUGUUAAAUGUCGAGGUGUUUUAUUAAAAGAAAUAAUGUACUUAUUUGAUUAUUGCCGAUCAAAUAAAAGUGGAUGUUUUUUAUAAGAAUAAAUAGCUUGUA